AUGCUACUAUCUACUGAAAAAGUAAAAACCGCAAAAAAUCGUCACGAAAUAUAGAUCUGGUGACACUUUAAAAUUACGUAUGCGUUUUACUUAGUUGUCUAAUAUUUUCUUUUCAUGUUUCAUGUAAUCAUGUUAUAAAAUAAUCGGUACCGUUUAACCAUUAAUGAACGAACUCCAAACCAUUAAGUAAUCAUGGGUUGUGCCUGUGAAAAACAACAUGUCACAAUACAAGAUAACAAAUAUUACGUGCAAGAUCAAAUUGGACAAGGUGGCUUUAGUUCAGUGUUUCUUGUAAAAAAUACUGAUAAUAGGAAAUUUGUAUUGAAAUGUAUUUUAUGCCAUGAUCAAAAAGACCGUGAAAAAGCUUGGAAUGAAGCCAAGGUCCAUCAGCUUUUACAAAGUAGCGGCAACAAAUAUAUUCUUAAUUUAAUUGGAUGUGGAAUGAUUGAAAAAUCAUUAGAAUUUUCUAAAAUACCAACAGAUACAUUUCUUAUGCUAUUACCUUAUUACAAAAAUGGAUCGUUACAUGACAAUUUAGUUAAACCUCAUUAUAAUAUGGAUUUGAAAUAUGUAUUAAAACAUUUUCAAUCGAUUUGUUUGAGUGUGAAAACAUUUCAUGAUCUAUCUUAUUCACAUAGAGAUAUAAAACCUGCUAAUAUAUUAUUUAAUGAUAAUUAUGAACCAGUGAUUAUUGACUUAGGAUCUUCUGCUCCCGCCAAAAUAACAGUGACCUCAAAAAAAGAAGCACAAGAACUUCUGGAUGAUGUGAAUGAAAGAUGUUCAAUGACAUAUAGAGCUCCAGAAUUGUUUAAUAUUGAUAUUAAUUCUGUUAUUGAUGAACGAAUUGAUGUUUGGUCCUUAGGAUGUUUACUGUAUGCAAUGCUUUAUAAAAAGUCACCUUUUGACUUGGUAUAUGAACGUGGAGAUUCUGUUGCUCUGGCUGUGAUAAGUGGAAAAAUUUAUUUUCCACCAAAUUCUAAUGAAAGUGUCAACAGUUUAGUUAAGGUAAUGCUAACAGUAGAUCAUUCCAAAAGACCAUUUAUUGAUGAUAUACUAGAAUCGGUCAAAGUUGUGGAUGAAAUAUUUGAUCAGGAUUUCAAUGAACAUACAAUUUUAAAAUCAAAUAUUUGUAACGUUUAGAAAUUAUAGCUGAUACAUACACUUAAUAUAAUAAUAAAAUAAAUUGUUUAUUCAGUAUUCCAGCGGUUCUUAAACUUUUGAUAAACACGGACCCCCUACCAAUUUUCUUUCGAAUACCUUUUUUUUUUUACAAAAUAUCUCAUGUUAUCAUGAUAAAUAUUUUAAACUUAUUUUAUACUAUAAAUCACAUAAGUAGAUAGGUACUUAAAAAAACACACAUUUAUAAUUAUUUUUAUUACAUAUAAUUUUUUAUGAAAAAUUCAUAUUUGACGUUUAAAAAGAUUUUCCGAGGACCGCAGUUUAAGAACCGCUGGCGUAGUCAGUUGUGUUAAAAAUAUAAUUUAUGUUUUAAUAGACAUUUAGCUAAAACAAAGUUUUUUAACCAAAUACUUUUAUUAAAUUUGUAUUGAGAUUUUGAAAAUAUUAUUCAAAAUUUUAAAUACAGAAAAAUGUGGAAUUUAUUAUAUAAAAUAACUUUAAUAGAAUUUUUUUAUUUUUUUUGAAUAAAAUAUGUAUUUAUUUUUUAAGAUUUAGAAUGCUAAAUUAUUAAUACAUGAUUCUAUCAUGUUCUUUAAUAUUUUUUAUAAAAUUUCAAAUCAUUAUUUCUAAAAUGUAUAAUAAAUAAUAACUACUUUAA